UAUAAACUAUUUUAAAAAAAGUAUUUUUACAUUACUACAGUGUCCAUGUAAUGACUCUAAUUACCGAAUAUAGUUUUAAGUGUAGGGGUAGUUGUUUAAGUAACCACAGAUUUUUGAGUGCGAUGCGAUAUAAGAAAAUGAAAAAUUGUUUGCAACUAAAUAGAGAGAAGAGAGAGCGAUAGUAAUCAUGGCUAGAAAAUUAAAGGGUAAGGGACUUUCUGGAAAGGGAUUAAAAGGUGCGCUAGCCAGACAGGUUGUCAAGGAAAAGAUUCAAAAACAAAUUUCAAAAGCAAGUGAUGCUCAGAAAGAACAGAAGCUUAAUAAACAGAAACAAAUUAAAAGUGGAGGUGGUAAGUCAAAGGGUCAAGCCAAACAAAAUCAAAUUCAAAUUCAAAAACAACAUAAGGGAUUAAUACCUUUUGAUUAUGAUAAUAAGUUACUCUUAAUAGGUGAAGGUGAUUUUUCAUUUGCUGUAUCUAUAGUUCAAGAGAAUUUAAUUCAACCAACUAAUUUAAUCGCUACUUCAUAUGAUUCAUUAGAUGAGUUAAAAGAAAAGUAUCCAAAUAUUGAAGAUAAUUUAACCAUAUUAAAAGAUGAAGGAGUAAAAGUAUUUCAUAAUAUUGAUGCUACUAAUUUAGUGAAGGAUCUUAAAUUAAUACCAAAUAGUAAACAGAAGAAAUCAAAAGUACCACAUAAUCAAUUAUUUAUUGAUAAAGCAAAUUUAGAUUUUAUUAUGUUUAAUUUUCCUCAUACUGGUAGAGGUAUGAAAGAUGUAGAUAGAAACAUUAGAGAUCAUCAAAAAUUAGUUCUUGAAUAUUUUAAAAGUUGUAAAGAAGUAUUUGAUAUUGUAAAUAAUGAUUCAAAGAAUGAUUUUGCUGGUUAUGUAGCUGGAGAUAAUAAGAAUACUAAAGAAGGUAAAAUUAUAUUAAGUUUAUUUGAAGGUGAACCAUAUAAUUCAUGGAAUAUAAAAAUUCUUGCUCGUACUCAUGAUUAUAAGGUUGAAAGAUCUGGUCGUUUUGAUUGGUCUUUAUUUCCACAAUACCAUCAUAGAAGAACAAAUAGUACAAGAGAUACCACUAAACCAGCAGCAGAAAGAGAUGCAAGAAUUUAUAUAUUUGAUAAAUUUAAGCCAAAAGAUGGAGAUUCCAAAAAGAAUGAUGAUGAUUCUGACUCUGACUCAGAUUAGCAUCCAAAUACUUGUAUAUUAUAAAAGCAUUAAUGUAGUCGUUAUAGAGAAAUAAACAUAAUAAUAAGAAUAUGAAUAACAGGUAAAAAUCAACCAUGAAUAACCUGAAUAACCUGA